UCUCUCUCUGUAGCUCUCUCGCAGUGCGCUGAACCUCCAGGUGUGUGCGCUCCUCUCUCUUCCCCUGCGCGCACAGGGCUGAUCUCUGAUGCCCGAACCGAGGCGAUAACUCCCACCGCCAGUCUGCUGCAUAGACUCUGCUGCGAGGAUGUUGCUGUGAUAGACGGAGGAGCAUCAUCAUCUCCCCCUCCUCCCCAUCAGCUGCUUCCUCAGCCGGCAUCGUCAGCUGUUGCUCCACAGCGGAGAGAGUGGAAGUCUCGGGAGCCGCAGAAAGAACCGGAAAAAGGGAUAAACUAUGCGACUGAUCCCCGAUCGGUAACCGUCUUUCCAGCCUGAAAAAGUCGAGCGGGGAGCGGAUGCGGGCAGAGGUCGCCGACGAGCCGACGAGUAUUUUCUGCCCUUUGUCGGUGCCGGAGGAGCCGUGCCCAUGGAGAAAGCCACUCCGCCGCCCCAGCCCCAGCUCCAGCUGUCGAUAGCCAAGACGGAAAGUCCGGCGGAGGACAUCUCCGGGCUCGCGGACGAGGACCUGUUCAAGUGGUCCAAGGAGGAGCUGGUGCGGCGGCUGAGGCGCUCCGAGGCCGACAAGAUGAGCGUGAUCCUGGACCACGGCAAUCUCAUCCGGGAGGUCAACCGCAGCCUCCAGCUGCACCUGAACGAGAUCCGGGGGCUGAAGGACAUUAACCAGAAGCUGCAGGAGGACAACCGUGAGCUGCGGGACUUGUGCUGCUUCCUAGACGAUGACCGCCAGAAAGGGAAGCGUGUCUCCAGGGAGUGGCAGCGCCUGGGACGAUACAGCGCCAGCAUAAUGCGCAAAGAGGUGACUCUCUAUCUCCAAAAACUCAAGGAGCUGGAGCUGCGACAGGAGGAGGUAAUCCGCGAGAACAUGGAGCUGAAGGAGCUGUGUCUGCUGCUGGACGAGGAGAAGGGAGUGGUGGGUGGAGGUGGGGGUGGCACUGGAAGUGGAAGUGUAGGGGGUGUAGGGAUGGGAGGGUGCCGCAACUCAAUAGACAGCCAGAACAGCUUGCUGCUGGUGCCCGGGCAGGGGCUCCUGAUGAGAGAUGUAGGGGACGGGAGUAGCACCUCCAGUGCUGGGAGCGCCGACAGCUCCGACCACCCUCAUCAUAAGCAGCCUCACCUGGCUGCAGCAGUGGGUGGAGUUGGGAGUGCUGGGGAAAAAAGGAGCCCUGAGCUUGUACAUAAACCCAGGUGUAGCAGCAUCAGUGGAAUAGCAGGCGACAGGGAUAUGUCCAGCCCCGACUACCCCGCUGGGCGUCACCGGAGUACAAGCCUGGAGUACCCGUACACCCUGCCCCAGCUCAGCCGACCCCGAUGCGGCUCCAUAUCCGUGCCUGACCACAGUCGAGCCAUGCGAGGCCUCAGCCCGGAAAAAUACGGGAGGAACGUGGGGCGCCGCAGUCCAGAGCAGCGCCCCAAGCACCACAGCUCUGACCUCCUCCUGGGACAGAGGCAGCACUUCCUGGGCCAGGGGGGCAGCGGGGAGCUUUUUCAGAGGCACCACAGGAGCAGCAUCAGCAGCACAGGCUGUGGUAGCCCCGAGCCCCGACAGGCACAUCUAGGGACAGUCGAGCAUCACGAAAAGGGCUGCGUGGUCCCGGGGGGCAGCCCCGAAAUUCACAGGCACCAGUACAGCAUGAGCCCUGACCAUGUGAAGUUCAGCAGCCCGGUGAGAGAUGGGCAGAGGAGGCCGGCUGGAGACGAGCUGUCGCCACAUCACCGCGGCAUCUACAAUGGAAUGAAUGGGGGACAAAGCAGCCCAAGAAGAUUAUGUAACAGGAAAUGGUGGUGAAGACAGCAACUCCCAUGAUCCCACGCUGCUUCCCAACAUCAUAAGGUCUUUUGUUAUUGUUUUGACUCUGAGACCCCUUGCGGUUGAAGUUUUGACAUAUUGUACAUACUGCUCACAGAGUAUGCCAUGUCCGCUACUUAAAAUAAAGUUUUUUGGACAGCACCCUUUUUUUUUUACUGGGACAAGAGAACAGAAGGAGCGAAGGAAUCUGUGGUCAGAGGUGUCAAGAUAGAGUCAAGAGGCUGUCUUGUGUUUAAGGGCAGUAAAGCUGAGUGUGAUAGUGUGAUGUCUUACACUUGGGAGAUCACUACCAGUGGACCAAGCUGUUCAGUCUGUCACUCAUUAAACCAAAUUAAUCCUUGUUUUCUUGCCUCACUGUCUCCUCCCUCUGUUUCCCUUUAUCUCUUAGUCUAAGAUUUGACACACUUGAUGAUUAAAGUGGAGAUAAAUCUGCCUGGCUGUGGGUGGGCAUGUUUCUGUGUGGUACUCAUUUAGCCACCCUGUGAAGGUUGUUGCCGCUCCGCUGCUGUCACUUGCACCAGCGCAGCCCAGAUUGAAACAGACGAGAGGGAAAUGCAGAAAGAGUUGGAAAUGCGGCAUCACGCCACACAACAUAAAGUGGAGGCCAUAUGAAUCUCAUUUUACUUUUACUUUACUUUUUUCCAUGUAAUGCUUUGCGUUUGAAGUGUGUCUCAUGAAAUGAAACAUAGGUUCGGUUCAGACCUGGUAUUAACAUACAUCCUUAGAGAUCCCAUCACAAGCAGGAAGCUCUCUGCACGUCUGGUCCCACCUGGUGUUAAAAUGAAUCCUGAAUGUGUCUCCUGCAACCACUUAUAAUCGGAUCUUCCCCACUCUAGGUUCAAGGGAGAGAAUGAAUGAACGUGUACUGCAGUGAGGAAAUAUUUUAUCAAGUUAAGAAGAGUAUCAAUCAUUUCAUGGUGAUCAGUGAUAAUAUUGCAGCGUUUGCAAACAAACCAAUGUAUGGACACAGAGGUGUAAAAAAUGAUUUAAACCGUAGUGGUUUUGCGAUGUGAGCAUAGGCGGUCCUUCAUACGGGACCUAGGAUGCAGAUGCAUUCACACGUCGGAAAUAAUGUGGCCACAUGCUUCUGGGAUAACUCAGGAUAGACGGUAUGAAAUACAUGUAUUGGUGCCAAGCGAACACUAAGAUGCUGCACUUAAGUCAUUGACGAGUGAAUAAACUAUUAGUUACACCUCUUGACUGAAUUUUUGACAGAGCCGGUCCUUUUGCCUAGCUAAGCUCAUCACCUCUGGGCUUUGUCUCCAUACUUAAAAUGCAGAUGUGAGGGUGGUAUCAAUGUUGUCAUCUAACUUUGUGCAAUAAAGGUUAUUUUCCAAAAAUGCCAUACUUUUAUCUGCAUUUAUUUUUGUUUGUGUGUUGUGGAGUCAUUUUCUAAACCAAACAUAUUCCCAGUUCCACCUACUAUUUCCGCUCUUUCAAAAACUGCUCUCACUCCAUCGGCAUGUUUUAUGUAUGAUUCAUUUCCCCCUUGUUGUUGGCAGUGUGUAAACAGACAGACAUCAUUAUAGAUUAAUGAGUAGCUCUUCUUUUGUCAAAACAGCACAUUUGAAAAUCUUCUAAUCCUCCGCCUCUGUCCU